UGUGUAGCACUAUUAGCAGUUAAAGACAUCAUCAUAAGCUUGCUUGGUUUAGAUAUAUAUUAGAUAUGAGUACAAUUGCUGAGAGACUACAGAGAAAAAGAAGAAAAGAUAAAGAAGAUGAGCAAUUGCAACAUGAAGAAGAGACAGAUGAAACAAUCAAAGAAAAGAAAGUCAUGAAAAUUGAGCCACUGCACUCUCCUCCAAAAUGUGAUUAUAAUUUUUAUUGUGCUAGCUGUGAAGAUCUAGCAAAGAAGCUGCUUGGUUGUGUUCUUGUUACAAAAAUGAGGGAAGGAGGAGGAAGCUGGGUAGUCACUAAAGGAUUGAUUGUGGAGACUGAAGCAUACCUAGGAGGGCCUGAUAAAGCAUCACACUCUUACAAUGGAAAAAGAACUCCAAGGAAUGAAGCCAUGUAUAUGCCACCAGGGACAUGUUACGUCUAUUCCAUAUAUGGCAUGCAUCACUGCGUCAACAUCAGCAGUCUCGGUGAGGGGGCAGCAAUAUUAAUACGUUCACUGGAACCCCUGGAUGGAGCAGAAACGAUGAGAGAAAGACGAAAAAAAUGUCGCAAAGAUGAAGACCUGUGUCGCGGUCCUGGUAAGCUCUGCCAGGCAAUGGGAAUCAGUAAAGAACAAGACAAAACAAACUUAAGUACUUCCAAUGAAAUAUGGGUGGAGACUAGAGAGGGUAGGCAUCAAUUAGAAAUAAUCGGUUGUCCCAGAAUUGGUGUUGACUAUGCUCAGGAAUGGGCUGAGAAGAAUCUCAGAUAUUACAUUAAAGGAAACAAAUAUGUCAGCAAAAUAAUAAAAUAAUUUUAUUUAAUACUAGUCAAAAAUGUUUUACGUUAAUAUUAAACUCUCUAUUACGAUGUGAUGCGUUGAGAUUUUUUAUACAUAAAUUUAAUAUUAUUUUAAA